AUGAGCACGCAGCAGCUCAGCUGGAUGAGAUGCCUGCCAGCGGCCCUGUGGCUGUGCUGCCUGCUGCCUGAGGGGAGCUGCACCUGGAACCUGGCAGGACUCCAGUACGCCAACCGAAGGAACUGGUGCUCGUACAUGGUCACAAGGACAGUUUCCUGCCAUGUCCAGAAUGGCACCUUCCUGCAGAGGGUGUUCCAAGGCUGCCGCUGGCCUGGGGGCUGCAACGGAGGCAGCUACAGAGCCAUCGUAAGACCAGCGUACAAGGUGGCCUACAAGACGGUCACGGCUCUGGAGUGGAAGUGCUGCCCAGGCCACUCAGGGGUCAACUGCGAAGAAGAGACCAUCAGCUACGUCGCCCCGCAGGAAGCCGGACGUCCCAGUGCCCCCCUGCGCAGGCUCCCCCUCCGACCAGCAACCUACUCAGGGUGUUUGAAUUGCAGCAAAGUGGUGGAACUGACAGCGCGUCUCAACAGCCUGGAAGACAAGGUGGCGUUGCUGUCAGCGGCAGAGCCUGCAACCUCCCCAGUACCCAACAGACACCUCGUAACCAAGGGGGCUGCCCCCUCGGAUUCCUACCAGCUAUGGGGGUCUCCAUCCACCCACGGGAGCCCUGGGGAUGAAGGUGUGAAAGGGAACCCAGGAGUGGGAGAGACGCCGCGGGGUGCCGUUCCCGGACGGGAUGGGAAACCAGGGCCCCAAGGACCCCCAGGCCCGUCGGGUCCCAAGGGAGAUGCUGGGAGCCAGGGGCCAUCAGGAAUCCCUGGAGCCAAGGGUCCCGCUGGACCGCCAGGCCCCCCGGGUCCGCCAGGGCAGGAUGGUGCCAGGGGCAUCCCCGGAGAGAAGGGAUUUCCGGGCCUUCCAGGGCCCCCGGGACCCCCAGGGUCCCCUGCCCCAGUGGGGCCUACAAUAUCCCGCAGCGCUGACCCAAGGGACCCACUUCUGUCAAACACCUUCACCGAAUCAGGCAGCGUUGGCACCAUGGGGCCUGCGGGACCCCCAGGGCCUCCAGGGCCAAUGGGUCCACUGGGCCCCCCAGGGCCAGUCGGGCUGCCAGGCCCUCCAGGGCACGAUGGUUUACCUGGAGUGCCAGGUGCUGACGGAGCCACCGGUCCCCCAGGGGAGAAAGGAGACAGAGGCCCUCCUGGCUCUCCUGGGAGCAGAGGCCUGGACGGGGAACAUGGGCAGCCGGGUCCAAAAGGCGAACAGGGGGACAAGGGCACCUGGGCCAUUAGCUUACAAUCCUUCCUACAGCAGCAGGCCCAGCUGGAGCUCCUGGCUAGAAGGGUCACCUUGCUGGAAGCCAUCAUCUGGCCAGAACCAGAGCCGGGUUCAGGCGCCGAACCCUUCCCCACUAGCGCCCCCAGCUUCCACCGGGGCAAGCGCGACAGGCUGGCAGCCUACAGCAGCCCACACCAGCUGGCCCAGACGGCCCAGGACGAGAGCAAGUGA